AUGCUGGAGUCGGGACAUUAUUUGCUUCUGACCGUCUUUUCCUGCCUGCUUCGGAAUAGAUCGGUCGAAGUUCCCACAUAUUUCGCUGUGUUUGAAGGGCAACGAUAUGGAAAUAUCUCAGAAGAAAUGAAUGGGAUGGACUUUUCGGACUGCAGUAUCUCAUGCAUGAAGCACAACGAAUCUCAUCCCUGUCAUGCAUUCAACUUCAAGGAAACAGAUGGAUCAUGCCAGCUCAUACGCAAAAACCAGAGCCAUCUCGUCAAAUCUGAAGGGUACCAGGCAUAUGUUCAAUUCCUAUGCCUUACGGACUACCCAAAGAUCCAGAAUGCAGAGGAAUCUUUCCAUGGUUGGAAUGGUGCAUAUCCUGCCCCACGAGGUGGUCAGGUGGUAUUCAAAUGCAAACACCCAGGAGGAUUCACUGACAGCCACAAGGUACACGUGGCCACAUGCGCCUCUAUGCGACCUGAUGUAUGGUGCACCACAUUCAUAAACAAACGGACUACCAUGCUCUGUCCACCUCCACCUGUUUAUCCUGACUGCCGCCUAUCGAAGAUUGGGAAGGAGUAUAUCGGCACCACGAACGUAACAGAAACGGGGAGAUCAUGCCUUAGGUGGGAUUCCGAGGAAGUGGCUUCUUCUCAUGAUUCUGUGGAGGCAGGAUUUAAUACACUCUUGUCCUUCGAGGAGCACUUCCUAAACCAGGAACCGUCAUGGCACAAGAACUUCUGCCGGAACCCGACAAAGAUGGCUAGGCCCUGGUGCUUUGUUGAAGAUGAUGGUGUGAAGAUGGAGUUUUGCCAUAUUCCCCUUUGUGAUGAUAUGAGUAAGAAAUUUUUUCAGUUUCGUAUGGAAGGAUCUGACGUACCGGAAUGCAAGAUGAGCCAAAAGGGAGGGGAAUACGUGGGUGUGAAGUACAGAACUAUUUCAGGCUUCGCUUGCGUACCCUGGCUAGAUCUGGAUGGAAAUAAAGUGGACAUUAUGAUUGGGGUCCGUGAAGGGUCGUUCCCAGAUGAAAUCACGGAAAGCCACAAUUUCUGUCGCAACGCGAACGGAAAUCCAGGUGGUCCUUGGUGCAACAUCAAAGAUUCCCAAAAGCCGAACUUGAAGUGGGAAUACUGUGAUGUCCCUUUCUGCGAUUUUGACGAUUGGGGAGGAGAAAGGGAAUCUGGAGACCAAUAUGAGUCAAAUUUGCAUCCGAUGCUGAGGGACAGAGAGCAACAUCUGGCAGUAUGCAAGAAUAACCAAAAAUUAGUUCGACUUGUGUAA